CGCAGCCGCUCCUUCCUCCUCUCCUCACCACCUCCCUCUUCGCCGACGAAGAGCGCCGCAGUCGCUGUCCCGUGCUGUGCUGUGCCGCUCCCUCGUACGACUGUCCGUCCCUCGCAGCCUGCCGCACGUCGCUCUUCUGUCUUGCCGGCGCCUAUUCAUGCCCCUGCAGCACGCCUAUCCUUAGCCCGGCGUCGAGCGACGACUCCUUCCACCCCGCAUAUCCCUUGCCUAGCGGCGGCGCUCGCCAAGAUGCCGCGCGGCCACUCCAUCCUCGACUCCAUCCUCAACCGGCCGUCGCAGACGUACACGGCGGACCCUGAGACGCCUUCGCGCAGCCGCGCGCCGUCGCGUGCAGGAUGGACGGCGCCGUCGGACCUGCCCAAUGCGCCCGGCUCGCCCAACAUCCUCUCGGGCUCCAUGUUCAGCCGCAAGAGCGGCACCGUGGGGCGCUCCUCGCGCGCCAACUCCGUCGCCGGCGGCGGCAGCUUGCGCAACUUUGGGCGCAGCUUCGGGCGCGGCCGCUCCAACAGCGUGCUCGACGACAACAGCAGCACCAUUGCCGGCAGCGUGGCCGACAGCAGCAUGGGCCGCAAGAGCCGCUGGUGGGACGCGGGAAGCUUGCGAGGCUUUGGCCGCAGCAGCCGCGCGCCGAGCAUCGCCGGCGACAGCAUCUUCAGCGAGCCCGAGCCGGCCGCUCCGGGCGCCUGGGACAAGAGCAUGGCCGGCAUUGGCGCGGGCACAAAAGUGCGGCAGGCGCCGCGCAGUGACUUUGGCGGCUCGCCGACUGCGGGCGUGCCUCGCUCCGGCAGCAGCAGCAUGCCGCCGCUGCCGCGACACGAUGCGCAGGCGCUGCGUGCCAUGAACGCCAAUGCCUCGCCUGGCCGGCUGCCAUCGAACGGCGUGGCUCCGCUGGGCAAGCAGGCGCCGAGCCUCGUGCGUCCGUCGCCGUCGAUGCCGCUCGGCAGCAGCCCAUCUGCCAUGGGCUCGCAGGCAGGCUCAGUCUCGGGCUCCGUGUCGGGACGCUCGAAGCGUCUGAGCGCCGUGUCGAAUCCGAAUCUCGCUGCAGCUGCCGCUUCUGGCUCUCCGGUCCGGAAGCGCCACGGCAGCGGCGGGCCUGCGACCUCGUCACAAGACUGGAAGGCCUUCAUCAACAGCAUGAACGGCACGGACACGGCGCAGGCGUGGGAGGGCAACAGUCUGGCCGCAGUCGCUGCACGCGCUGCGUCUCCGGCGCCGCCCGCUGAGCAGUUGGCCCGCCGGCGGAGUACUGCUGCGGCGCGAGUGCAGAAGGAGCUCGAGCAGGACGCGCUGUACGAGCAGACGCAGCGCGAUCCUGGCGUCAUCCACCAAGACCUCAUCGCGCGCGCUGCGCAGCAGGUCAUCGGGCAGAGCCUUCCGCCGCAGGAGCGGCCCGUCAGCGAGGCGCUCGUGCCGGGCAGCUUGCGGCCCGGAUCUGUCAUCCUCGACCCCGCUUUGGCAGUCUCGCAGCCGCCUGCCUCGGCCGCACUGCCGACACAUCCGCUCGAUGCGCAAACCCUUGCGCUGCAGCAGCAUGCGCAGGCCCUGGCGCUCCAGCAGCACGCGCAAGCUCUGCAGCACCACCUGCCGCCCGGCAGCCAGUCUGCGCUGCAGCAGCACACGAUCGCGCUCCAGCAGCACGCGCAAGUCCACGCGCAGGCUGUGCAGCAGACGAUGCCCCAGGUCGCUGCGCAGGCAGAGCCGCCGCGCAGCAUGUCGCCGCCGCCUCGCGCCAUGUCGCCGCCGCCGCGUGCCAUGUCUCCGCCUGCGCGUGCCAUGUCUCCGCCUCCGCGCGCCAUGUCGCCACAGCCGCCGCGGCCGAUCUCAGCGGCCUCUCUGAAUCGCGACCUUCCGCCAACGCCGCCAGACGGCGACUCGUCGGGCACGAUCGAGAGCGGCAGCGACGAGUCGAGCGAGGAGGACUCGAGCGACGAGGAGCGGCAGAUGCUCGACGUCGUCGCCGAAGAGGAGGAGGAAGGCAGCUCCAACGCCGGGCACGAGAUGCGGCCGCACCUGCCCUCGCCCGUCAAGCACUCGGCCUUCGAGUCGGCGAUCCGCAAGAGCGACGUCAGCGGCUCGUCGCAGGCCGCCGGUGCGCAGCGCGCAACAGCUGUCACGCCUGCUAUCAGCGUCGACGGGCCGGUUCGUGCUGCAGCGGACGACGAGGACAGCUCGAGCGACGACGAGUCCAUCAUUGCCCCUACGCGCAGCGCCGAUGCUGACGCGCCGCUUGCGGUCACCGCGCUGCUCAGCGCCAAGCAAGGCGUGGCUGGCGCGCCGGGUGCACCCUCGGCGCGCUCGCUCGGCGCAUCCUCGAAAGUGCGCAUCGCGCCGGAGGCGCUUGGCGCAGAUGGCAGCGACGACGACGCAGCAUCGGACGACACGUCGCGGGGCGCGGCAAGCACGCGCCCGCCCACGCUGCGCCGCCGCCUGUCUGACCUCAGUCUGGGCGGCUCGCUUGCCAUGAGUGCGAUGCUGCGCGGCUCGGUGGCUGGCGGCGCGUCCCGCACGGCGUCGUCGCGGCGCAUGCGAAUGCGCGACUCGGACUCGGACUCGGCCGGCGAGGGCGGCUCAGGCGACGACGCAGAGCUCAAGGCCCGGGCGCGCGCUGAUGCGGAUCGCCUGCGCAACCUCAAGGUCGGCGAUGACUUCUUCGGCGAGAGCCUCACUGGCCUCCUCGACCGCUUCGGCACCGCGAACUACUCGGACUCGACGAUUGAUCGCCUCGGCCUCGACCUCUCUGCCGCCAAGAGGCAGGCGAUGGCAGCUGGUUCCGCCACUGCAGCCGCUCCUGCUGGCAGCUCCACUGCUGGCGCGUCCGACGCGAUGAUGCAGGUCCGCCAGGAGCGUGCAGACGCCAUUGCUGCGGGCUCUUCCGGCGCGGCAGAGACGCGAAGCCUCGAGAGCGCCCUUGCCCCGAGCAUUGCGGCCGCCUGGCUGCUCGGCAUGGCUGCCGACGACAACCAGAGCAUGCGCAGUCGCCGCAGCGCUGCGAGCCGGGCGCAUCGCCGGGAAGAGUCCGGCGCCAGCGCCGUCUCGGCGUCGUCCUCAGCAGACAAGACGUCUACUGCAACGCACACGGGCCGCUUCCGCAGCCUCUUCUCGUCCACUCCUCGGGGCGGCGAAGCUGCUGCGCCCGUGUCGCCGCCGCGUCGGCAGAGCAUCAUGGACAGGCCGCGUGCCUCGAAGCCGCCGCAGCCCGAAUCGCUCGGCGGCCUGCCCAUCUCGCAGGGCAGGCUAGAGGCCGACUCGCCGUCUAAGCCCAAGCUCAAGGCGUCUGGCGAGGAUCUGCGCAGCACGCUGCCCGCCAGCAUGUCGUCGGCACUGCUGGCCUCCCCGACCCAGCGCACGAGCUCGCGCCUGUCAUCGAGCAGCAACAGCUCGACUCCCGCCUCGCCCGAGGCCACGGCCUCUGCGACGCUGAGCAAGGACAAGCCUGCGCCGGCAAAGUCGGCCCUGAAGCCGCUGCGCCACUCCAAGUCGCUCGCCGACACGCUCUUCUCCUUCGGCCCUUCGAAAGAGGAGAAGGAGGAGAAGCGCGAGAAGAAGGCCAAGGCGAAGGCUGCCUCGUUCGCCAGCGGCAAGACUGCCGGCGGCGAGGUGCCUGCCAGUCCGCCGUCGGCCUGGGCCAAGAAGGACAGCAAGAUCGCGAAGGCCGAACGCAAGGCUGAGCGGCAGAGUGCGAAGGCGGCCAAGUCUGUCGAGGCUCCCAAGCCGGUGAAGGCUCAGAAGCCCGUCGAGACGCCGAAGCAAGUGGACGCUCCCGCUGCCAUCGUGGCUGCCACGGCAGUGCCCGCAAUCGUGGUGCCGGCUGUGGCAGCCUCGAGCGCUCCGGCAGCAGCUGUUGCUCCUGCGGUCAGCGCGGACGCGCCGGUACGGGACAGGCCAUUGCUGCUUCCUCGCUCGACCUCGAUCGGGCCAGUCUCGCCAGGCAUGUCGGAGACGGACGGCGAGGAGCGUUGGGAGUCGGCCGACGAGGGCAACACGCCGUUCGCAGAGGACGACGAGCGGCCCAGCUGGCUCUCUCCCUCGCCGAACCGCGCUUCCACAGGCUCGUCUGAGCUGGACGCUCUCUCGGCCCCUACCGGCGCGCUGCCGUCGCUCAGAUCCGAGUACAUGGACGCUCGUGCCGAUGUGUCUGACGGGACCAUCAACGGCGACGACUCGCUGGCCUCGAACGGCACGGCGACGGGCAUGACCGAGUCGCACUUCUACACAGUCGGCGAUCUGGCGGCCGCCGCGCAGACUCCCGAGAAGGCUGCGUCGAGUGCUGCGACGAACGGCACGUCCAUCUCGCAUGCGCCCGUGCCAGUCGUCGCCCAGCGCGCCCCUCUCAUGGACGACGAGUCCUCCGGCUCGGACGCCGACUCGGAAGACGAGAGCGACGACGACGUCGCGAUGCCUCCCAGCACGCGGACGGCGAACGCAGCGCCGUCGAUCGCACGCGAGGCAGCACUCAGCCCGCCUCCGUCGUCCGAGCUGUGGUCCGGCUCGAGCGCGGCAAGCACCGUCUUGUCGACGCCCGGCGCCUCUGACAUUCUCGUCGAGCGCAAGCCGCUGGCAGAGCGCCGCAUUGACUCGUCUCCCUCGCGCGAGAACGGCUUCCAGCUGCCGGGGCCGGAGAAGCGUCUGCCCAUGCCGCCGGCGCCGAGCUUCGAGGACAGCGUCGCCAUGCCGCCGCUGCACGACGAUGCCACUCCGCUGGCCGUGCCGCGCGGCGAGCCCUCGUACGGCUCGGUCAUCACGCCGCGCGGCGACCGCUCUGAGCCGAGCUUCGGCGCAGCUGUGGUGAACGUCAACCUGAUUCCGCCGACGCCGCCAGCUCUGGAGACGCGACCUUCCUUCGGCGCUUCGCGCCCGCCGGCAGACGGUGUCGGCUCGCUCGCCGAGGACGCCGAGGCGCCCGCGUCGCCGGCCGGUGCUAUGCAGCGCUCUGCCAGCCAGCGCUCGAAGAAGGGCGACUCGCUCUCGCGCUCUGCUUCCACGAGCACCGCGAAGCGCGCUUCUGCGCCGCCCGCCGGCUAUCAGCUCUACCAGGGCAAGGGGCUCAGCCUGCCGCCGGGCAUGUUCGCCACGACCGUUGCCAGCUCGUCGCAGCGCCGCUCCAGCGUGACCUCGGACACGACUGCGAUCAUCCUGCCCGACGACACCGUCCCGCGGCGCAAGAAGAGCAAGAAGAGCUCCAGUAAGAGCAAGUCGGGCUCCUCCAGCGCAGCGCAGGCUGGAGUGCCCCCCGUGCCUCUUGUGCCCGAGCAGCUUCGACGAGGAAGCGACGCUGGAUCUGACUUCGGCUCCAACGCUUCUGCAGCACACUCGAUCUCGCGCUCCGCUUCUCCGACGCUCAGUGUCUCUGCGCCAGGCUCCGUCGUGUCCUCUGCGGCGGGAAGCGCGGUGUCGAGCACCUUCUCAGAGGCCUCAUCCUCGCGCGGUGGCCUGCAGCCCAACCAGCCACGCAAGAUCCGCACGCUCUCCGCCGGACCGAGCGGCCAGGCGCGGACGGCCGUGAUGUCCGCCAUCAGCGAGUGGGAGAGCAGCCCGAUCAGCCUCAGCCCGCACAGCGGUGCACCCAGCCCUGGCUCGCACUCGCCGCGUCGUCUCAGCGUCGCCGAGAGCCCGUACAUGGCGCAGGACCCAAGCCAGAUGAGCCCCUACGCCCAGAGCCUCAGCUCGUACUCGAUGGUGUCACAGAACCUCGGCACGGCCACGCGCAGCAACAGCAGCAUCGUCAGCGGCGUCACCCCCGCCAUGGUGCGCGAUGCGCCGCUCGGCUCGUCGACGGACACGUACCUGCCAGUGCCGCGCUCGCGUCUCAGCGUCGACGGCCGCAACUCGCCCGCGCUGCGCAUCGACGCUUCGCCGGGGCCGAUGAGCCUGGACGGGCACUCGCGCGGGCCAUACGCCGAGUCGUUCGUCUCGCGAGACUCGAGUCCUUCUGCAUCGCAGUCGGCAAUGAGCCUGCCGUCAGUGCCCGUCUCGUCGUCCGCGUAUCGGCCGCGCGACCCGAUGCGCGCCAGCAACACGAUCGACGACCGCCUCUACGCGCGCACCACGAUGAACACGAUCUCGAUAUCGAGCGGCGCCUUCCGCAGCCCGAGCCGCAGCGGCAAGCGUGCCUCGAUUGAUGCGACGCAGGGCACUGGUGCCGUCACUGGGCGCGCGUCCAUGGACGCCCUGCCGGAGCAGCUGCAGGAGGAUCUGGCGAACACCAAGAUGGCGCUCACGGCGCACACGCCGCCGCCGCGCAAGAUCAGCUCGACGCAGGUGCUGUGCCAGAUCAUCGCCGUGUCCAUCGACGAGCUCGACCGCAUGCUGCUGCGCGAGAAGGUGCGCACCGAGUCGGCGUACGGCUUCGUGCCCGGCCGCAGCUUCUGCGGCCGCGUCAUGGAGACGGGCUGGGAGGUGAAGCGCAUGCGCAAGGGCGACAUCGUCUUCGGCCUGCAGUCGAGCCGCAAGUGCGGCGCGCUCGCCGAGUUUAUGGUCAUCCAGCAGGACCUCGUCGCCAAGGCGCCCGAGGACUGCCUCACCACGGAGCAGAUCGCCGCGCUGCCGUCGACGGGCGUCAUGGCGUACCAGCUCAUGACGAACCACGCCUCGCAGCUGGCGCGUGGCGCGCGCGUGCUCAUCAUGAACGCGCACGACGGCAUCGGCCUGCUGACGAUGCAGGGCUGCGCGCCGCUGGGCCUCAUCAUCGUCGCGCACUGCCCCGAGAGCAUCUCGGACGGCGUCGCCGUGUGCGAGGCCAACGGCGCGCACGAGGUCGUCAUCGGCGAGCCGCUGUGGGCGCUCAACUCGCUGCACGAGUCGAGCUUCGACCUCGUCAUCGACACGAUCGGCGGCCGCCGCAUGUACGACGCCGCGCGCCGCAUCCUCGCCAACGACGGCCAGUUCGCCACGUGCUUCGGCGACGAGCACAACACGGCCAACCCGAACCUGCGCUCGCAUCUGCGCUCGCUCAAGCGCAGCUUCUUCAAGAAAGACCGCAAGAACAUCGGCUACGAGUGGGUGGGCGCCGACCAGGGCGAGGACUGCCGCGAGGCCCUCGAGGCCGUGCGCGCGGCCGCCGAGGCGGGCGACAUCUGCCCGCGCCUGCGCUCCAUCCUCGCCUUCUCCGACGCCCCGCGCGCCUUUGACGCCGUCAUCCGCGGCGCCGACGAGGAGCCGGGCGCCAUCGUGGUGCGCGUCUCCUGAGCAGCGGCGCUGCACUCUCCUUCUCCCACGUCUCCACCUCGCCUCGCUCCCCUAAUCUUCCGCUGCCCACGACACGCUGCUCUCGCCCUCACGUGCUUCUCCCUAACGCUAUUUGUCUCUCUGGAGCACGUCGCGCAGUCGCCCAGCCGCCGCGCCAGUCCCUCCCGUCACGAAAAUGCAACGCUGAGCUGGAUGAAAUGCUUGCAUGUCU